GUCCGUCCGUUGGCCGAGCGAGGGCUCCGUCCAGGCGCGCGCAGGACACUUCCGUCGACUGACUGCGGGGCGCGCGUUGUUCUGGGGCGGCGUGGCUCUCUGUCUCUCUCUCUCUCCUUGGCGCGCGAGCUCGCCCGCGCCGCUUCCCAAAAGUUACUUUAGUUGGGCGACGAAGAAGAGAAGGAGGAGGAGGAGGAGGAGGGGCCGCGGCGGCGGCGAGGGCGACGGUUGCUCUCUUCACUCUCCGACCGGGCUCGCAAGUGUGGCCAGAUGGGCCGGCGCGGUUGGAGAACCCCUGACUGAGGGAAAGUGAGGGCGGAGGGGAGUGGGGAGGGGGGAACCCUCCGCCUUUCCUUUCUUUGCCUUCCUUCCCGGCGGGAGUCAGGGCCCGGGCCCUCCCCGCCCUCCCCCCGGAGCCUUCCCUCGGCCCUGCUGCCUGGUGGGAGCUUUUCCUCCCUCGGAUUUGCUCGUUUGUUUGGGAUUAAUUGCUGGAGGAGAAAGCAAGAAAGUUGACUGCGACUACAAGCUGUGCCUGGACCUAUAAAGCGAAACUCGGAAGUGCCUCCCUUUCCCCCGUUCUCCCUCUCUCCCUCGUACAAGGAAGGACUUUCCUCCCCGAGUAACUGGAUAACCCAAGUGGUAGGAUGACAUCUCUCCUGGAUCCCAGGAUCAAACAAGCUCUGAGGAAAAAGCCAGCCGAAAGAACUCAAGAGGAAUUAAAUACUAUCUAUUACUAUCUUCAUGGAAUGGACAUAUUGUCUCAUCUCAGGGAGCAUCAGUUAAGAAUUAUGACUUCCAGUGCACGUUAUAAAAGGUAUGAUGGAAAUCAAGUUCUAUUUUGCUCAGACACUAUUGCAAGAUGCUGGUAUAUUCUUCUUUCUGGGUCCGUGCUAAUGAAAGACUCCAUGUUUUUGCCACCCUGCAGUUUUGGCAAGCAAUCUGGAGGAAAGCGAGGUUGUGAAUGUAUUGUAUUGGAGCCUUCUGAAAUGAUUGUGGUGGAUAACUCAAAAGAAAAUGAGGACAAUAUUCUGCAAAGGGAACUGCCCCUCCGUCAAUCUCGAAGGAGGUUUAGGAAGAUUAAUCAGCGAGGAGAACGUCAGACCAUCACCGAUAACGUGGAUGUUAGCAGCUACCUUUCACUUCCAGCAGAUCUUACCAAGAUGCAUCUCACAGAUGGCCAACAUCAACAGGUGACACAUGUCCCUUCAAGCCAGUCUGGCUGCAGCAUUGCCAGUGAUUCGGGAAGCAGCAGUUUAUCUGACAUUUACCAGGCAACAGAAAGUGAGAUGGGAGAUGUAGAUUUAACUGGUCUCCCAGAAGCACCAGUAGAUUCUGAAGAUGAAGAGGAAGAAGAUGAAGACAUUGAUAGAACUUCAGAUCCCUUGCUGGGUCGAGAUGUUGUACGGGAGUGCCUUGAAAAGGAACCUGCUGACAAAACAGAUGAUGACAUUGAACAAUUACUAGAAUUCAUGCACCAGCUUCCUGCUUUUGCAAACAUGACUAUGUCUGUAAGACGAGAACUGUGUUCAGUGAUGAUAUUUGAAGUGGUAGAACAAGCUGGAGCUAUCAUCCUUGAAGAUGGACAAGAACUGGAUUCUUGGUAUGUUAUUUUAAAUGGCACUGUUGAAAUUAGCCAUCCAGAUGGGAAAACAGAAAGUCUCUGUAUGGGGAAUAGCUUUGGGAUUACUCCCUCUCUGGAAAAACAGUACAUGAAUGGUGUGGUUCGGACCAAAGUAGAUGAUUGCCAGUUUGUGUGUAUAGCUCAGCAGGACUAUUGGCGAAUUCUGAACCAUGUAGAAAAAAAUACACACAAAGUUGAAGAAGAAGGAGAAAUUGUCAUGGUGAAGGAGCACAGAGAGCUGGACCGCAGUGGAACUAGGAAAGGACACAUUGUUAUUAAGGCUAUACCAGAACGCCUCAUUAUGCAUUUAAUCGAGGAACACUCUAUUGUGGAUCCUACAUACAUUGAAGACUUCCUCUUAACAUACAGAACAUUUUUGUCAAGCCCCCUGGAAGUUGGGGACAAGCUUCUGGAGUGGUUUCAAGUAGACAGCCUUAGGGACAAGGUUACUCGAGUUGUGCUAUUGUGGGUAAACAAUCAUUUUAACGAUUUUGAAGGAGAUCAUGCCAUGACACGAUUUUUGGAAGAAUUCGAAAGAAACUUGGAAAAUGCAAAAAUGAAGGGGCACCUGAGGUUACUAAACAUUGCCUGUGCAGCAAAAGCUAAGUGGAGGCAAAUCACAUUGCAGAAGCCUUCUCGAGAUUCCCCACUUUAUUUUGGCCUUCUUGGAGGAAGUGAAAAAGGGUUUGGUAUUUUUGUAGAGACAGUAGAAUCGGGAAGCAAGGCUGCAGAAGCUGGACUUAAACGUGGAGACCAGGUAAUGGAAGUAAAUGGGCAAAAUUUUGAGAAUAUUACAUUUACAAAAGCCACUGAAAUCUUGAGGAACAAUACUCAUCUUUCCAUCACUGUAAAAACAAAUAUUUUUGUGUUCAAGGAGUUGCUUAAUAGGAUAGGUCAAGAGAAAAAUGGCAUUCCACAUAUUCCCAAAAUAGCAGAAAAGAAGAAUAAUCGUUAUUCCAUCCCUGAUAUUCCUGGAGAUGUGGAACAGAUGUUUCCACGUGAGAAAGGAAACAAGAAAAUCAAAGCAAAUACUGUGUCUGGUGGAAGAAAUAGAAUCAAGAAAAUUUUAGACAAGACUCGGUUUAGUAUCUUGCCUCCAAAACUGUUCAGUGAUGGCAGUGUAAGCCAGUCACAGGAUGAUAGUAUUGUGGGCACAAGACAAUGCAGACACAGUUUGGCAAUUAUGCCUAUUCCUGGCACUCUCUCCUCCAGCAGUCCCGAUCUAUUGCAGCCUACAACCAGCAUGCUGGAUUUUUCUAAUCCUUCAGCAGUUGGUUUUUACUAUAUUCCAGAUCAGGUUAUCAGAGUUUUCAAAGCUGAUCAACAAAGUUGUUACAUUAUUAUCAGCAAAGACACUACAGCAAAGGAGGUUGUGAGCCAUGCAGUGCAUGAAUUCAAUUUGACAGGAGCCCCAGAGACAUAUUCUCUUUGUGAAGUUUCUGUGAGUCCUGAAGGAGUUAUCAAGCAGAGAAGGCUUCCUGAUCAAUUCUCAAAGUUAGCAGACCGAAUUCAGCUCAAUGGGAGGUAUUACCUUAAAAAUAAUAUGGAAACAGAGACACUUUGCUCAGAUGAAGAUGCUCAAGAACUGCUUAGAGAGAGCCAGAUUUCCCUUCUACAGUUGAGCACUAUUGAGGUGGCUACUCAGCUGUCGAUGAGAGACUUUGAAUUAUUUCGCAACAUUGAGCCUACUGAAUAUAUUGAUGACCUUUAUAAACUUGAAUCUAAAACUGGAAAUGCUAACCUGAAACAAUUUGAGGAUGUUAUUAAUCAAGAGACAUUUUGGGUUGCCACAGAAAUUUUAUCUGAAUCAAACCAACUUAAAAGGAUGAAGAUUGUGAAACAUUUUAUAAAAAUCGCUCUCCAUUGCCGAGAGUGCAAGAAUUUCAACUCUAUGUUUGCUGUUAUAAGUGGUCUUAAUCUGGCACCAGUUGCUCGACUUAGAAGUACAUGGGAAAGGUUACCAAACAAGUAUGAAAAGCACCUUAGAGACCUUCAAGAUCUUUUUGAUCCCUCUAGAAAUAUGGCAAAGUAUCGCAACAUCCUUAGCAGUCAGAGUAUGCAGCCUCCAAUUAUUCCCCUCUUUCCUGUUGUCAAGAAAGAUAUUACGUUUCUUCAUGAAGGAAACGAUUCAAAGGUGGAUGGCUUGGUAAAUUUUGAGAAACUCAGAAUGAUUGCCAAAGAGAUUCGUCAAGUCGUCAGAAUGACUUCGGCUAACAUGGAUCCUGCUGUAAUGUUUAGACAAAGGAAGAAGAGGUGGAGGAGUUUGGGGUCCCUGAGCCAAGGCAGCACGAACUCAAACAUGUUGGAUGUUCAAGGAGGUGCUCAUAAGAAACGGGCCCGGCGCAGCUCCUUGCUAAAUGCAAAAAAGUUGUAUGAAGAUGCUCAAAUGGCCAGGAAAGUCAAACAGUACUUGUCCAAUCUGAAUGUGGAAACAGAUGAAGAAAAGUUCCAGAUAAUGUCACUUCAGUGUGAACCUGCAUAUAGUACUUUGACAAAGAAUUUAAGUGAAAGACGAGGUGUAAAAGGUGCAGAAAUGUCUCCAAUGCCAUUGAGGUCUGUUGGACAAACCACAAAAGCUCAUUUACAUCAACAGAACAGAAUGAGUCAAGUCCUUCAAGUUCCAGCUGUUAAUUUGUACCCCAUAAGGAAAAAAGGACCAACAAAAGACCAUGUCACUUUCAGUGCUGGAUCUCCUCAGAAGUCAAUGUCUGAAGAAUCAAAUAAUAAAAAGCAGGCAGAGGAUAACAUAUCUGUGGCAUCUCUGCAUUCCAGUCCUCCUGCUUCUCCUCAGGGCUCUCCACGUAAAGUUGGCAACCCCCAGAGAUCUGAUAACUGCAGCCAGAUAAACCUCUCUGGAUCAUCCUCAUCUCUUGCAAGUGAAACAAGCAACAAGAACAGUGGCCAACGCAACUAUGGGAUAGGCUAUGCCCUGAUACCGUCUGCCAAAUCUGAGAAUUUCUCUGAUUCCAGCCACAGUGAGAUCUCUUCCCGGUCUAGCAUCGUGAGCAACUGUUCUGCUGACUCUAUGUCUGCAGCUCUUCAGGAUGAGAGAUGUCUGCCUCAGGCACUGGUGGUGAUAGAUUCAGUGGGAACAGCAGAAAGGAAAGACCACCUUCUGCCAUCCUCAGAGUACAGCCAGACAUGCCCUGGUUGGCAGCUUCCUAGACUUCCGGUGAUCCGGGGACUGCCUGUCCCAUCUUCCAUGAGUACAGAAGAGAUUUCCCAUGAGCACAUCACAAUAGAAGCAGCAGAUAGUGGUCGUGGAAGCUGGACCUCUUGUUCUAGUAGCUCUCAUGACAACUUCCAAAAUAUCCAGAACCAGAAGGGAUGGGAUCUCUUAAAUUCUUACCGCCACACUCAUUUAGAAAGGGCCAUAGCUGAGGUAGAACCAUCAAGUUGUUGUCCUGAAGAGACACAUUUGCAGUCCCACCUUCACUCCAGCAGCAGCAGGCAAUCCAAAGAUGGUGUGGACUUUGAUCAAUCCCGGCAAAGCUGGGCUUCAUCAAGUUCUCUGUCUGAUGCACAUGAGGCAAACUAUGGAACAGUAAAACGAAGAGGACUUGACAGUUUAACAGUGGAACAGACCGAGGUUUUGGACUCCAAAGUAGAGAAUGAUGCAACAUAUAAAACUGUCACAUCGAGUACAGAGAAAGGCCUCAUAGUGUACUGUGUCACCUCACCUAAGGAAGACAAUAGGUAUAGGGAACCACCGCCCACCCCGCCAGGAUAUAUGGGGAUUUCUUUAGCGGACAUAAAAGAAGGAUCACCUCACCACCCACAUCUAAAACCUCCAGACUAUAGUGUGGCGGUUCAGAGGUCAAAGAUGCUGCAUAGCAAGCUCUCUAGGCUCUCCUCCGCACCUCUGAGUAGCGAACCAGUGGCCUGUUUUCCAAAGAAGAUGCCUCAGUGGCAUAGCCAACAGCCGGCCCAUGCUAAGCUAACAGAUAUGACUGACGCAAAUAGUGAAGAGGAUGAAGAUGAACAAGUAUCAGCUGUCUAGCCUUUGAGCUUCCUGUGAAAGUCACAACAACAUCGUAAGAAGGAACCAUACAAUACUGUUAGCUGUAGCUGACAGCUUGCUGCUAUUGAUUUCCAAAUGUUGCUUGUGCUUCUAUUCUGAAUAAUAUGGUGAACUUCUCUGGAUUGUCAUUUUGGACUUCAGUCUGUUAUGAUCAGUUCCACAGCCUAAGAAAACUAUUUAUAUCCAAGAGGGACAGACUGCUUGAUCUGAGGAAUACUGAUCUUUUACUGCUGAAAUCAAUAUCCAGAAGAAUCUUAACAUUUAAUGCAUUGGAGCCACCUUGGAAGGAUCCUUCUCUAGAAAAUCGAUAGAAUAUUUUAGUCGACUUGGCUCAGAUACUCUCUUUUAGAACCAUUCUCGCUCUCCAUUGAAGAAUGUUAUUUUAUGUAAUUAUAAAAACUGCAAAAACUUCAGCAAAACCAAGGAAAUUUCUGCAGCAAUCAGAAGAGUAAUUUAUUAAUUUGGAGUUUAUCAAAGAGUUUUUGUUUGUUUAUAUGUGUAUUGGAAUGCUCUGGUUGGCUAAUGUGAAUGCUUUUAUAAAGAAAGACAACAAAUUAGUUGCUAAAUGAAAUGUCUUGUGCUAAGCAGUACACUUUGGACUUUGGAGGAACUGGAUGUUCAUGAGUGCAGCUAGAGGUUUAUACAAUGCAACAUAAACCUCUCUUGUAAAAUGCCAAGCCCCUGAUGUAUGUACUAAGUGUGCUUUAAUAUAAAUGCAGCAGUAGAAUACUGCCAUCUGUUGGUCCUGUAUUUCCGGUACAGUAAAAUACAUGUGGCCAUCUUUUCCGCUAUCAAGUGACAAAAGAACAUGCAGUUCUUUUUUCUCAACAUAUCUUGUUUCAUGCCCUUUAGUCUAACUUAUUCAUGGUCUGUGUUGUAUGUACAGCAUGUCUACCAGAUAACUCAUGAGGCUCAAAUCCCAUUGUUUCAUAUAUUUUAUAAAAGGAAAGAUAAAAGAAAAAGCACAAAGAGGUAUCAGCUGUUUGUGAAUUAUAUACUUAGUUUUUGAGCUGUUUCUCCUUCAGCAAGACUUGCACUGGAAAAGCACCCACCAAGUUAAGCUAUUUGGGAAACUAGUCUAAGGCAUUUGGAAAUUUCAAACAUAAUGGGAAGAAAGGUUUGAUCAUGGAUCUGCUCUUAAUAAUCAGUCAUAAAAUCUUGUAUCUCACCUUGAAUCUCAAGAAAUCAGGUUUUCUACAAAGUUUUUCCUUUGAGUCAUCAAACGCACUUGGGACUUGACCUGUACCUGAUCUGAUGCACUGCCCAUUUAUAUAAAAGCAAAGGAUCCAGGACAAACCCUUCUGUUUGGAAUCCAUUGGCUGUUAAGCCCCUGUGAGACUUGGCUCCCAUGAAGCUCUGCACUUUACCUUUCAGACCUCUCUGUAAUGACAAUAACAUGGAAGCAAAACUCAUCACAUGAUCUGUGACCAUUAAGUUUGACAAUUUGCACUGUGGACUACUGUACACUUCUUCUCCUAUCUUUGCAGCCAAGUGCGUUUAAAUUCCUAAACUAACCCAGACUGGUUCAUAUAGAUAUGGAACGCCUUAGGUAUAGAGCCUGUACAUAUCGGAUAACCUGCCCUAAAAGAGUCAAUAAAAUAUGUUGGGGUUUUUUACCAUCCACAAGAGCCCACAGAAGUUACUCCUUAACUUACCAAUAGCAAGAACAUAAGUUUUGGAUGAAAGAAUGGAUAGCAAUUAUGUGUGCAGUUGCUCUGAGAUUUGGGAGCACUCAGAAGGAGCCAGGGUUACUGCUCCAAAUGCUGUAAUAGCCUAAUAUCAAGCCCUCUGCUUCAUCCCAGAUUUAGGUGCUGGAUUCAGAGGUAUUCAGGAUCUCAUAAGCCCAUUGUGUCUACAGACAUAAUCCUACUUUUCUACUGACUAUAAAAAAUGUUUGUUGUACUCUGAUGCCAAGUGCUUAUUCAGAGCCAAAGCAUCCUGCCUGAUGUUACAGAGCUACAGCUUUCCUAAAACUGUGGACUAUGUGUAUGCAAAAGUAAAAUACAAAGCAAAGUCACUGACUGUUUACAGUGAGGCUAAGCUGUGGUUGCAGUUUACUUAGCCAACCAGAGUUCAUGAAGAAAAACUGGAGUAAACUUUUCUUUUUCUCUCUCUAGUACAUAAUGAUGGUCCAGUCAAAUAUUAUAAAUAGACAUGAAUGUGUUAAUGUAUAUUUCAAGUUUACUUGUAAAUUUUAGUAUCGUAAAUGUUUACAAUCUAAGCUAGAAGGAAGAUGCUUGUCAGUUUUUAAUGGUGCCUCAGAGUAACUUACUUUUACACUUCAAGUUAUAAAGAGGUUUCAGCUUUUCUUUUGCGCGUGAGGCAAAUGCAGCAUAUUCUGCUGGCAUCUAAACACAAGUACCAAAAAUAAUAAAAAUCUUAAGGCCUUCUAUGUGCAUUAUCCAUAUUGACUUAGGACAGUGCAGCUAACCAUGCAGUAGGUUUGAACAAACCAGGAAGUAAUAGGAGGAACCGGGGAAACUAGCUAGUUUAAUUGGCUGACUAUAUAGCCACACUCAAGCCUUAAGUGUCUGAAAUAAGUAGUUGAGAUAUCAGCCUGCGCUCUCUCUUUGCUUUCAAGGCCUUAAUGAAAACAAACUGGUUAAUGAAAUAAUUUGAAAAUCUGACUCGAGUUGAUAUCCAUGAUUUCAGCAGUGCAGAGGUAGGCACAAUCUACAGCUAGUUUUUCCCAAUUUGGAAGUCCACUUUUUUUGCAGCUUUUGUGGAUUUCAGUGAAACUGAUGUAUGAUAGGAACCCAGUGGAUUGUAUGAGCCACAAUCCUAGAUAGCCAUAGGAGAGACAGGGUGGAAAUAUGCACAUGGUUGGACAUGUGGUUCUGAAGGUUCUUAAACAACUGACACCUAGCAGAAUGGACAAGCUACUCUUCACCUGAGGACACCUCAUUGCCUGUUCCACCUGCUGAUAAAGUAAGAACUUAAAAUGCUUCUCACUGCUAUUGUGCUUUUGUGCUUCCUCCCAGAUGUACUAAGCCUACCUAAGACUGGGACCAUCCUUAAAACAAGCAUGUAAACCUCAAGCCUUAGCUCUGCAAAUUGUGUAAGAAGUGGUACAUACAUGGUAACUUGAGGCCAAUCAUGUAAUGUCUCAGUAACCUCAUUUUUUUCCUGCUUCCUGGAGCAAAACGAAAGGAUCCAAGUCUACUCCCAGGAGGUGUUAUUCCUUUCCCAAUUUAUAAACCCACUACCCCUUAUUUUUUGUUGUUGACAAAAUGUAAUGCCUGUUCCUCUAAUCUGAAAUCCAUUAAACCAGUCAAUUUCUUGUUUUAUAUUUGGUGUCUUCAUAAUGACAGCAUCAGUAAUACAACGUUUUAAAGUACAUUGGUUUUAAAAACAAUGUGCAUCUUGUUAAAUCAUGUUUUCCUAAUACAGAGGUCAUAUAGUAUAUAAUCCAUGUCAGUGAGCUCUUUUAAUGGCUUGAAAUUUGCACAGUGUGAGUUGCCUCAUUUUGUCCUUGCUCUGAUCUUCAUUUGUGUGUUUUGCUUUUCUUCAGUCAAUUGAUCACAUUGAUCAGGAACACUAGCCAAAAUGCAACAAGGCUUGAGUUGGAGACAGAAACAGAAUCACCUUUUAAAAUCAGUUCUUGAAAUUUUCUGUGCUUUUAAUGUCAUUUUUGUUUGUCAUGUAUUCACAAUGCUCCUCUCAUGUUCUGUCCCCCCCCCCCCAAUUUAUUAUUAGUUCAAAUCGAACUUACUUCAUGUGUUUUUAAAAUGGCCUCCUCCUCCCUGUACAUAGUCUUUAUGUUUUCUUUAGUAUAUUAUUGUGAGGACACUGGCUCAAAUGAAACAGGUAUAAUCUUUAUAGGGAUGUGUGCCAACCUCAGACAUGAAAUCAGUGUAAUUUCCCCCCUCCAGAUAGUUAAAUGAACAAGGAAACUUUGACCUAAAUUCAAAAGUAGACUCACAUAAAUGAUCCUCUGCUUCUAUUCUAGUUGGGGCUAACAAUUGGAUUUAGGGUCCUCUCUCUUCAAAUGUAAGUAGAACUGGGACCUGUAGAUCAUGUAAGCUUGUCAGUCAAGCUCAUUUUGAUGGAGCUGAGUUCAUAAUGUUGAGCUGUGUUGUGAAUAAGUGGAAAUCAUUGGGGUAGAAAAAGUGUUGCUUUAGAGAUACUGAUUUUUUCCAAAGUAGUGAUUUUGGGGUGCUUGUGGGUUUCACUGUACUUCUCUUAAUAUAACACUAAGGUAAAGCAAAAACCAUCAACUGUUUUCACUUGGAAAAAAGGGUUCAGGGCUCACCUUCCUCUGCUAAAAGUUGAAGGCUUCUACACAGCACUGAUGGAGAUGAUUUUCACUUAUUUGAAAGCACUUCUUCAGGCGCUUAUGCAUGAAGCUCUGAUUCUGAAGCAGAGCACAGAGAUUCUAAAUAUGUGAAAAGGAGCAUUGCAAGAGAAUUGGUUAAUUUCAAGAAGUAACUAAAGUGGGAAGACUAGGAACCUCUUUUAUUCAACCUUUCAUUCUGACAAAUUAUUUAUAGGCAAUAGCACAGUAAUAGGUCCCCUGUAAUAUACCAUGUCCCAAAAUGUAAUUUUUUUUAAAAAAACUACUUUUCAGUUGCCUUCAAAACAUAGUUGAGAUAAAAGGGAUAUUCCUUUGUUAUACACAAGCUUUUAUAAAUGCCAACUGUUCAAAUCAACUGUUCAGCUCUGUUCAGCUCCACUCCGCCCCAGUUGUUCUUGUCAUUGUCUUGUCUUUAAUUUUCUAUAUAUGUAUAUAUCCACACACACACACACAUACAUACAUACAUACACACACACACACAUGGAAUGCAGUUUAGCUUGGUAUUAAUGAUAUCUUGCAUAUGGGCAAAAACUGCACAGUUGUAAUGGUAUUCCAAUAGCAAUUGUAAAACUGCACAAGUCAGUGAUUGUAAAGUAUUCUGUAACAAGCAAUGUUUGUCUUCUAUUUUUUGAUACCUCUUACACUUAUGUCUUUUAGAAAGACAGUGCCUCUGUAUGCUUUUUGUAUUUUUACCGAGUGAUUGUAAAUAUUUGUUAUAUUUUUGGUUAAGAGAAUGUUUAAAAGUACUGUUUAAUAUCCGAUCUACUAAUGUUGUUGGAACCAAUAAAAAAACUUAACAUGGA